AUGCUUGACAUGGAGACGAUGGUGCUGGACCGCCUGCUGUACCGGAACAAGCACCAGCACCGGCACGCCAAAUACUUUCAGCAGCUGCGCGAGGUCAGGCGGGGCCUGCGCUCGUUGGCAUCCCUGCAGCUGGACGCCGCGCUGCGUGCCCUCCACGACGCCCUGCAGGCCGGCGCGAGCCGCCACGCGCUCCCCACCAUCAGCAUGCACCUGUCGCUCGGGCACGAGCAGAGGCUCCUCCCCAGCCACCAGGCCGCCAUGUCGGUGCUGCAGCGCCUCCUCGCGGCCGCCCGCCUCGUCCCCCGCCUCCUGGGGGCCCUGCAACGCGCCGCGCGCCAGCUGGCGGCCCAGCUGGCACUCACCUUCUUCGUGCCGCUGUGCCUCACCUGCCUGUCCCUCCUUGGACGCAUCUGGGUCCUGUGCAGCCAGCUGCUGCUGGACGUGGUGGGGGUCUACGGCACCAUCUCACACCCCGGCCCGCUGCUGGAGUUGCAGGCUCGCAAGGAGAUGCACCCAGACCGAGUACGCAGCCCGGAGCACCGCCCCCUGCCCAGCUAA